AAGUAUAAAUGUAUGAAUUCAAUUCAAAAUAAAUUCUCACAUAUACAACACACACACACAUAACUAAUCCAUGAGAUAUAUUAGCGAUGUGACAUGUGAUUAGAGAUAACUCAAUCUAAAAGAAAAAGCAAUCAUACUUAAAAUUAUAUAUCAAACGUACGCAGACGCAAGCGCAGUAAAAGAGAAUCAAAAUAAUCGAUCGUACGUCGUCAACAAGUAAGAGUUUCAAAUCAAUUUGAAAUUAGUCUAACGUUAAACUUUCAAUCAGAAGGAUGAAAAAUACUUCGGAAAAAUCUUCUAAACACAUAACAUCGUUAAAAAAUCGUGACAAAGAUAUCGAAUAUGCGAUAAAGUAUGGUCGUUUCGUACUCACGUCGAUUGGAAUUUGGCCUGAUAGAGAAAACAAAAUUCAAAAUUAUCUUUUAAAUUUUGGUAUAAUUACUGGUAAUCUUGUAUUAAGUUUCGCAAUAAUACCUUGCGCUUUGCACAUCAUUUACGAAGAAAAGGAUACUAAUUCGAAAUUAAAAUUAUUCGGUCUUCUAAUGUUUUGCGUUUGUGUGAUGAUCAAAUAUUUUGCUUUAUCAAUGCGCCGAUCUGAUAUCGUUCAAUGUAUCGAAUGUUUAAAAACUGAUUGGUAUCAGGUAAAACAUCAGAUACAUCGUGAAUUAAUGUUAAAAUAUGCAAAGAUUGGACGAAAUCUUACGAUGACCUGCGCCAUUUUCAUGUAUUCAGGAGGUGUCAUUUAUCAUACGAUUUUACCAUUUGCAAGUCCACGUAUGAUAGAUUUAUCUAAUCGUACAUUAAAACCAUUGGUUUAUCCAAGCUACAGUGUACUUUACGAUGUACAAAAAAGUCCUAUUUAUGAAUUUGUUUAUCUCGCUCAUUGCAUGUGUGGAUACAUGAUUUAUUCAGUAACAACUGGUGCUUGUGGUUUAGCAGCAAUUUUUGCAAUGCACAUUUGCGGACAAAUUGAAAUUUUAAUAACAUUGAUUGACGAUCUUGUUGAUGGACAAAAAUAUAAUUUUUCUAAGAUUUCUAUCGGUCAACGAUUAACUGAUAUUAUCAAACGACACUUACAUGUAUUACGAUUUAUUGCUAGUUUGGAAAAACUUUUGCAAGAAGUUUUUCUGAUCGAAUUUGCUGGUUCUACUUUUUUAAUAUGCUUAUUGGAAUAUUACUGCAUUAUGGAUUGGGAAGAAAAUAAUAAGAUUGGUCUGUUCACUUAUAUCAUAUUACUGAUUUCCUUAAGUUUUAAUAUUUUCAUAUUGUGCUAUAUUGGAGAAUCUUUAACAAAUAAGGUAAAUUACACAAGUAAAGUUGGUGAAAGAUUUUAUACAAUUGAAUGGUAUCGUUUAUCACCAAAACUAGCAUCAGGAUUAAUUUUAAUAAUUGCAAUAUCUAAUAAUCCUGUAAAGAUAACUGCAGGAAAAAUGGCUGAUUUAUCUUUGCUUACUUUCAGCAAUGUAAGUAUCUAAUAAUUAAUAAUAGAAUUAAAAAAAUAUAUU